AUGGACUCAUCUUCAUCUGCUUUCGAUAUUCCUUUCGACAAACUACCCAAUCCCAAACAAGUUUGGGUUGGGAAGCCAGGGAGCAACGAAGAAGGAUUGGGAAAGCUUGCCUUGCUCACCCCUGAAGUAGUGGCCAAUGCAGCAAAAGAGAUAAAGACAGGUCGACGUGUGACGCUUGGAUGGGAAAUGACAAAACUCGAAUUGGCCAAUCUCAAUCGGCAUCCAUGUCAACAUCACAUUAUCUCUCUGCUCGACGGGGUUGCAUUCGACGAUGUCUACGUUUUCAAUCCGCAGCAAAGCAGUCAAUGGGACGGGCUACGACACUUUUCACAAAAGAUCCCUGCGACAGACGAUAAACCCGCACACCGCGUCUUCUAUGGAGGGACCACUGCCACCGAAAUAUUAGACCGAUCCACGGACCGGAUCGGCAUGCAGCACUGGGCUCGUGCCGGAAUCACGGGCCGUGGAGUGCUCAUCGAUUACGCCUCGUGGGCCGAAAAGCAUGGUAUCGAAUAUACCACAUUCUCCACACACCAAAUUCGGCUCGGCGACAUCAUCGAAAUUGCAAAGGAAUGCGAUAUCACAUUCCAGAAGGGCGAUAUGUUAUUCAUCCGGAUUGGGGUAACCCACGAAUGGGACAAUGUCAUGACGGACCAACAGAAGCGCGAAUACUCGCUUCAUCCUGCGCCAGAGCAUGCAGGAGUCGAAGCAACAAUAGAUAUGCUGCGCUGGAUUUGGGAUUGCAAGUUUUCUGCGGUAGCUGGCGACGCUAUUAGCUGGGAGGUCAGCAGGUCCAUCAGUCAUGUUCCUUUUUCCCUCCUAACGAGAGCAGUCAACUUAUGCAAGGAAGAAAAGCUGAAAUCAGUCUUAGGUAUAUCCUCCACAGAAUCCAGAGCUGUUUCUGCACGAAUACCUGCUCGCUGGCUGGGGCAUGCCAAUCGGUAAGUGAAGACCAAAGAGAGUUGACGUCUGAAGGUCUCAAAGGGGGACGGUGAUGAUCUCGUGAUCUUCUCAGCCCUAACCAGAUUCAUUCCAUUCGCC